AUGGCCACGGCGGCCUCUAACCCCUACCUGCCGGGGAACAGCCUGCUGGCGGCCGGCUCCAUCGUCCACUCGGACGCGGCGGGGGCCGGCGGCGGCGGCGGCGGCGGGGGCGGCGGCGGCGGCGGCGGCGGCGGGGCGGGCGGCGGCGGCGGCGGCAUGCCGCCCGGCAGCGCCGCCGUGACCUCGGGUGCCUACCGGGGGGACCCGGCCUCCGUCAAGAUGGUGCAGAGCGACUUCAUGCAGGGGGCCAUGGCCGCCAGCAACGGCGGCCAUAUGCUGAGCCACGCGCACCAGUGGGUGACGGCCCUGCCCCACGCCGCCGCCGCCGCCGCGGCCGCCGCCGCCGCCGCCGUGGAGGCGAGCUCGCCGUGGUCCGGCAGCGCCGUGGGAAUGGCCGGCAGCCCCCAGCAGCCGCCGCCGCCGCCGCCGCCGCCGCCGCCCCAGGGCCCCGACGUGAAGGGCGGCGCGGGGCGCGACGACCUGCACGCGGGCACCGCGCUGCACCACCGCGGGCCGCCGCACCUCGGGCCGCCGCCGCCGCCGCCGCCGCCGCACCAGGGCCACCCCGGGGGCUGGGGGGCCGCCGCCGCCGCCGCCGCCGCUGCCGCCGCCGCCGCCGCCGCCGCGCACCUCCCGUCCAUGGCCGGGGGCCAGCAGCCGCCGCCGCAGAGCCUGCUCUACUCGCAGCCCGGGGGCUUCACGGUGAACGGCAUGCUGAGCGCGCCCCCGGGGCCGGGCGGGGGCGGCGGCGGCGGCGCGGGCGGCGGCGCCCAGAGCCUGGUGCACCCGGGGCUGGUGCGCGGGGACACUCCCGACCUGGCCGAGCACCACCAUCACCACCACCACCACGCGCACGCGCACCCGCCGCACCCGCACCACGCGCAGGGACCCCCGCACCACGGCGGCGGCGGCGGUGGCGGCGCGGGGCCCGGACUCAACAGCCACGAUCCGCACUCGGACGAGGACACGCCGACGUCCGACGACCUGGAGCAGUUCGCCAAGCAGUUCAAGCAGCGGCGCAUCAAGCUGGGCUUCACGCAGGCCGACGUGGGGCUGGCGCUGGGCACCCUGUACGGCAACGUGUUCUCGCAGACCACCAUCUGCCGCUUCGAGGCCCUGCAGCUGAGCUUCAAGAACAUGUGCAAGCUCAAGCCGCUGCUGAACAAGUGGUUGGAGGAGGCGGACUCGAGCACCGGCAGCCCCACGAGCAUCGACAAGAUCGCGGCGCAGGGCCGCAAGCGCAAGAAGCGGACCUCCAUCGAGGUGAGCGUCAAGGGCGCGCUCGAGAGCCACUUCCUCAAGUGCCCCAAGCCCUCUGCGCAGGAGAUCACCAACCUGGCCGACAGCCUGCAGCUCGAGAAGGAGGUGGUGCGGGUCUGGUUCUGCAACCGGCGCCAGAAGGAGAAGCGCAUGACGCCGCCCGGGAUCCAGCAGCAGACGCCUGACGACGUCUACUCGCAGGUGGGCACCGUGAGCGCAGACACGCCGCCGCCGCCGCACCACGGGCUGCAGACGAGCGUGCAGUGA